GAAAGCGGAAUUGUAUUACAAAAUUGUUAUGACUGUCAGUCUGUAUUGGAUUUGGUGAUAUUUUGCAAGAGAGGAACUAUUGGUAAAGCUAUUCUGGAGAGUGUGUUGCUUCAGACUGCUUCGGUUGAAGGUGCAAGCAGCAGAAGUGUUGGUGGGUUGUGUGGAGGGUAUGAGAUAGACUGCAAUCUCUGAAAGUGCUUGGCAGAGCACUUUCAGAGUUUUAGGUGGCUGAGGCAGUGGGAGCAGCAGCCUUUGCAGCAGGGAAAUCUCCCUCUGGUGCUGAGCGUCUUCUGAGGAGGUGGCGGUAUGAUCGAAAGAGGAAACGAGGCAAACAUGGAGGGCUAACAACUAGGCUAAAGGCUAAUCCAUAUAGAGUUCAUUACCAUCUAUUUUGCUUGCUAAUGUGCUCCUUAGAGCCUAAAAUGGAGUACAGGAAGGUGGAGUUACUAACAAACUGGCAGUGGGAAAGACCAGAACAUGCAAUUGGAAGAAACCACUGUGUGCUUGAAAAGGAACAAGCAGUGUUGAAGAUGGGAUUUCUACUAUUGCCCACCAGAAGUUUGGGGAUUAACCUUUUAUAACACAGAUAAACAUCACGUGAAUGGGAACAGUAUGGUUGAACCCUUUCCAGAGAGAAUGCACAUGGCAAUAUUUGGGAUGGGCUGUUUCUGGGGGGCAGAGAAGAAAUUCUGGAAGCAGAAAGGCGUCUACUCUACUCAAGUAGGUUAUGCAGGAGGAUAUACCCCAAAUCCGACAUAUGAAGAAGUCUGUUCAGGCAAAACUGGCCACACUGAAGUUGUGCGAGUGGUAUUUCAGCCAGAAACCAUCAGCUUUGAGAAACUGCUCAAGGUCUUCUGGGAGAAUCAUGACCCGACACAAGGGAUGCGGCAGGGAAAUGAUGCUGGGACACAAUAUCGGUCUGCCAUCUAUACAGUCACCCCAGAACAAAUGGAGUCUGCCUUGAAAUCUAAAAAUGAUUAUCAAAAGGCAUUGACCGAGAAUAAUCAUGGGGUCAUCACAACUGAAAUCCGUGAGGCUCCAGAGUUCUAUUAUGCUGAAGAAUAUCAUCAGCAGUACCUAAGCAAGCACCCUAAUGGUUACUGUGGACUCAGAGGCACAGGGGUUUCCUGUCCUAUUGGUAUUAAAUGAUGAUCCUUAUUCACAGGGCAAUCAUUCCCUAAACCACAUGUCAAAAUUAAAGAAAUGUGUUUUGGAUUUUUACCGCAGACUUCAGUGUAGUUUUCACAAAUAUGAAAUCAGUGGCAUAUAUUCUCAAGGAAAGGCAUAGUAUCAAGUAAUGCAAAAUUAAUUGUGCAAUCUUCCUUGGACUAUAUCCUUUUGAGUUUAGAUAGGGGAAAAAAACAUUUUUAAAUAGAAAUAAAUUCAUUACACUUAGAAAAUCUGCAUAGUGGAGGAGGAUUUUCUGCUUAAGCAUAGUAUUCCUGCCUUUUCAGAAGAUGAAUAACCUCCUAAAACUGUGAAGGAUCACUCUUAAAAAUAUAGGAACAUCUGAAGUGGCCCAGUCCAUGAUGGUUUAUAUCAGAGACAUGCAAUUUCUGAAGCCAUGAAGGCCAUAAUGUCUUUCUAUGGCAUGUUGAGGGCUAAACUCCAGUUGUACAAUAUCCAUUGGUGCAGUGUUUAAAAGAUUUGUGGGUUUUUUUUGUAAACAAAUGAAUGCACAAACUAUUGCAAGGAUUAAGGUUAAGGAAAUCUCACUCCUUAAGCACUCUCCCAACCCCUAAAAUGAGAGGGAACAGUUUUCAUUUUUUGGCUCUGUUCAUUGGCCAGAUUUGCAAAAGUGGUCAUGGUCAUAUGUGACAUAUAGGCUGCAAUUUUGCACACUUAUAAUCUUGCUGAAUAUGUAUGCAUCAGAAUCCCAUUAGUGCCAUGUGGGUAAGAUUUGGUGGGAUUUUGUAUAAUAUAAGCUAACAUAACUUUUUACAUUAAUACUAUAAGCUGAAGAGUUAAGGCAAAUGUAUGCAUGUCAAGUUUAAGUAACAAGAAAGAAUAUUAGCAAAAUUAUUGGGGGGAAUAUGUCCUGGGAAUGAAUUGAAUUUGAGAAACAGGAGGCAAGGGCAGGGUUAGCAUCUCCACACCUCUCCCAUUUCUUUACUCAAAAUAUCCAAUCUUGCAAUUCACUUUAUAAAUUAGCACCAGAGUUACAAUAUUAACAACUAGCUAUUAGCCUGAUAGCUCUGCCCCAGGUUUUGGUACCAUUAUAUAUAUGCUUUUUGAAGUCAACUGCUAAAUAAAUUUCAAGUGGGAACAUUAUGUAGCUAUAACUACCCUUAAAAACUAUUACAUUAUUCAAGAAAUUGGGUAUUUGCUGAAAGUAAGUGAGGGAUGUGAGAACAUAUUGAGUAAGUUUCUUAAUUGAUUUCUCAGCUUGAUUCUGAAAUGUAAAAAGAAAGCUUGAAGUUUUAGGAGGUUUUCCACUCACAGAUUUCUUUCGUGCCCCAAAUAUUUGUUUCAUACAAACAUGUUUAAAAAGGUGUUCCCUAAUUCUUUCACCAGUCGCAAUCUCUUACACCAACACACACAUACAGAGUCAGUUUCUCAAUAGUGGGAAUGUAUCACAUGCAGAAGAAGCAAAGUAGAUUCUGUUGACCUGAGAAUUGGUCUAUAUUAGUAGGGAAACUGUAUCAAAUAUAUAACAAUAAAAGGGCUGCAAAUAUAGAUAA